CAAUCGUGCCAGGAUCUUUAAAUAAGGCGUCUUUAGUUUCUGCUAAUUUCAUAUUUCUCAGCCGUGAGUCCAUCCUUCUCAUCAGUGCCUCGUAGUUAAACAUUAAGUGUUAUGUAACAUCGACAGCAGUGGUCCUCACAGGUCAAAAGGAGGCUUGCCUUUAUAAAAGUCAAGCAAACACGUCAGCCUGGUCCUCACUGUCUCGUCAUGAUGGCCCUGGGGAUUUUAGUGGCUUUUGCUGUGUUUCUGGAGACGGUGUCCGCCACCUCGCUGGGGGUGGUGUACACAGAAGGCGGCAUGGUUCAGGGUGAGAACAUCCGCCUUGGCCUCCAGCGACACAUGGACAUCUUCCGUGGAAUUCCCUUUGCAGACAUGCCUGGGAGGUUUGAGAAACCAAAACCUCACCCUGGCUGGGAUGGUAUUCUAAAGGCCACUGAGUACAGGAAGCGAUGCCUACAGGUGAACCUCAUCAUGACAGAGACAAGAGGCACCGAAGACUGUCUUUACCUUAACAUCUGGGUUCCUCAUGGCAAGACAGUCUCAACAGGCCUGCCUGUCAUGGUCUGGCUCUAUGGAGGGGGCUUCCUGGUUGGUGGAUCCAUGGGUGCCAACUUUCUGGACAACUACCUGUACGAUGGUCAGGAGAUUGCUGACAGGGGCAACCUCAUUGUGGUGACCCUGGGAUACAGAGUGGGCACUUUGGGCUUCCUGAGCACUGGAGACUCAGACCUCCCUGGAAACUAUGGUCUCUGGGAUCAGCAGGCCGCCAUUGCUUGGGUCCACAGAAACAUCCGUUCUUUCGGAGGGGACCCUGGCAACAUCACCAUCUUUGGGGAGUCAGCAGGUGGCGCUAGUGUCAGCUUUCAGACUCUAACACCCCACAACAAAGGACUCAUCAGGAGAGCGAUUUCCCAGAGUGGCGUUGCCCUGUGCCCUUGGGGUGUCAUCAGGAACCCCAGAAAGAUUGCUGAGGAGAUUGCUCUGAAGGUCAACUGUCCCACUGAUGCCAAGAUGGCCGCCUGCUUGAAGAUGACUGACCCUGUCCUCCUCACCAUGGCUGGUAGCAUGAGUUUAGAGAGUUCACCUGACCAUCCUCUUCUAGAGAACCUGGUCCUGUCAGCUGUCAUUGAUGGUGACUUCCUACCCGAUGAGCCGUACAAUUUGUUCCACAAUGCUGCCGAAGUGGACUACAUAGCUGGCAUCAAUGACAUGGACGGACACGUCUUUACCGGACUGGACGUUCCGUCUAUCAACUCACAGCUGGUGGACACUCCAAUUGAGGAUGUGAAGAGACUUCUGGCUUCUUACACGAAAAAAGGACAGGCUGCCUUGGACAGUGCUUUCGAUCUGUAUUCCUCAACUUGGGGAUCCAAGCCCAGCAGGGAGAUCAUCAAAAGAACGGUGGUGGACAUCGGAACCGACUACAUCUUUUUGGUUCCUACUCAAGCAGCACUUUAUCUUCAUGCUGCCAGUGCCACGACUGGCCGCACCUACUCCUACAUGUUCUCGGAGCCAAACCGACUGGGGGGCCUGGCCAAGCCCUACCCCAGCUGGAUGGGAGCAGACCAUGCUGAUGACCUGCAGUAUGUGUUUGGAAAGCCAUUUACCACUCCCCUGGGUUACUGGCCCAGUCAUCGUGACCUCUCUGGCUACAUGAUCGCCUACUGGACCAACUUUGCCAGAACUGGGGAUCCCAACAAUGGUCCACUGAGUGUCCCAGCUACAUGGCCAAAGUUUACCAGCGGUGGACAUCAGUACCUGGAGAUCCAUUCAGACAUGGACAAAGGAUACGUUAGACAAAAGUUGAGGAUGAGAUAUGUGCAUUUCUGGAGCAGCGUCUAUCCUACUCUCCCUGCAAACCUCUCUGAAUAAAGAUUUA